AUGGAUCCAGAUUAUUUUUUACCAAAAGCCUUCCUCUGUGGUGCCGGGAUCUCAGCACUAUGCUCCUUCUCGAGACCAGACGUGAAUUUUCCUCUAUUUUUAUUCGCAUGGCUUAUAUGGAAAGAUAAAGGCGAGCGCAUAAAAAUUUUCGGACUUUUAUUGAUAACCUUGAUUAUUGACUUGGUCUGGCUUAUCUUUUGGGGCCCAAAGUGGAGCUCAGACAGAGAUGUGGAGCGAGGAGUUCAUGGAUUUGUGCUGGCGAUGUCAAGUUUGCUGUUUAUUUACAAGCUAUUGCUGACUGGAGCUGUUUUCCAUUACGAAAAGCAUAACUUUUUCUCACGCUAA